UUAUAAAAACAUUUGAGGACGGCAGCAGUAGAGGAGGAGGAGGUGGUGGAGGAGGAGGAGGACGGGGGUCCCUGAUAUCGAUCUGAGCAUGGAUUCAAUCAGGGCAUUCUGACUUAGGAUAUUUGAGACUCUGCUCUUACAGGAAUCAAUCUGUGGUAAAUGUAGCCUCCCUGCUAGAGUCUGGAUAAGAUUUUUCUUUUUUGGCCAGCUGCAUAAGCUACACGGGAUCAAUCAGCUUUAAACUACUGGUAUUUAUAGCAAGGGGAGGUGGGGUUUUAUGUGGACAUCUCCCAUCACCGGUCAAACCUCACACGUCCACCUCUCACUGAGCUUUUUCUACCUUUACCCUCUGAGUGAUGCUGCUUUCUGUGCCGUGGUGAGACUUUACUCGAGGCCUUACGGAGUGGAAACUGGGCCGGUGCUCACUCCCCUGCGCGGAACCUGACCGCAUGACAAACAAAUGCAUGGGAGUAGCCUGCAGGGCCCGGCUUUAGAUCACGACCAGUCCCCUCCGCACCUCUCCUCUCCUUCUCUACGCCGCCUGUGAUGUGCGUUACGGAAUUACGCACGGAGCAGCAGCGGCAGCAGCACAAGAAGAAGAAGAAGCACCAGGAGCUUUCUUGAUCUGCUUUUAUAUCAGGAACAGAAUUUCACCUCGGGAAGGAUGAGCAGCAAGGAGCUGACGUUGGGCCAGUCCAACCAGUAUGUGGGGCCUUACCGGCUGGAGAAGACUCUCGGGAAGGGACAGACAGGGCUGGUGAAGCUGGGCGUCCACUGCAUAACGGGGCAGAAGGUGGCCAUAAAGAUCGUCAACAGGGAGAAACUCUCCGAAUCCGUUCUGAUGAAGGUGGAGAGAGAAAUAGCUAUUCUUAAACUAAUAGAGCACCCUCACGUUCUCAAGCUGUAUGAUGUCUAUGAGAAUAACAAAUACCUGUACCUGGUGUUGGAGCAUGUGUCUGGAGGAGAGCUAUUUGACUACCUGGUGAAGAAGGGCAGGCUCACCCCUAAAGAGGCCAGGAAGUUCUUCAGACAAAUCAUCUCCGCCCUCGACUUCUGCCAUAGUCACUCCAUAUGUCACAGAGACCUGAAGCCAGAGAAUCUUCUCCUGGACGAGAAGAACAACAUCAGGAUAGCAGACUUUGGCAUGGCCUCGCUACAAGUCGGAGACAGUCUGCUGGAAACCAGCUGUGGAUCUCCUCACUAUGCCUGCCCAGAGGUCAUACGGGGGGAGAAGUAUGAUGGUCGCAGGGCAGAUGUUUGGAGUUGUGGAGUCAUCCUCUUUGCUCUUCUUGUGGGUGCCUUGCCAUUCGACCACGACAACCUGAGGCAGCUCCUAGAGAAAGUGAAGAGCGGAGUGUUCCACAUGCCCCACUUUAUACCUCCCGACUGCCAAGCUCUGCUCAAAGGAAUGAUAGAAGUCAACGCUGACAAGAGGCUCACGCUAGAAGCAAUACAGAAACACGCCUGGUACCAGAGCGGCCGUAAUGAGCCUUGCCCAGAGCAGCCUCCGCCUCGACGGGUGUGCGUGAAGAGGAUCGUGUCCUUGACGGAUCUGGACCCCGACGUCCUGGAGAGCAUGUACUCUUUGGGGUGCUUCAGAGACCGGGUGAAACUCACGCAGGACCUUACAAGUGAGGAGGAGAACCAGGAGAAGAUGAUCUACUACCUCCUGUUGGACAGGAAGGAGCGAUACCCCAGCUGCGAGGACGAGGAUCUGCCUCCCAGAAACGACGCUGACCCCCCCAGGAAGCGCGUGGACUCCCCCAUGCUGACGCGUCAUGGCCGCUGCCGUCCAGAGAGGAAGAGCUUGGAGGUCCUUAGUGUCACAGAUCAGGGGUCUCCCACUCCACCUCGCAGGGCCCUGGACACUAACGCACACAGUCAGAGGUCUCGUUCAGUCAGCGGAGCAUCUACGGGUCUUUCGUCCAGUCCUCUCAGCAGUCCCAGGAGCCCGGUCUUCACUUUCAGCCAAUCAGAAGUCACCUCCGCCUCCGCUUCCUCCUCCAAAGACCCCAAACCAGGAAGUGCCACGGCUCCUCGGCCCACCCGCCUGCCGCCCGACCCAAAAACCCAGACCCUGCCCUCAAAGGGCCCCGCCGACCGGCCCCAGCUCCACCCCAUGAAGUCCCUCCCCCUGCAGACGCCGCGCUCCACGUCCCCCUCCCCCUCCCCCAUCCUCUCCCCCAUCCCACGCUUCUUCAACUUCCCGUCCCCGUCCGUCUUCAAGUCCAAGAACGUCCACGCCUCCUCUAACUCCUCUGCCACCCCUCCCCCUGUGUCGCAGGUCACGCCGCAGGGCUCGCCGCUGCCCACCCCGCUGGGCACGCCCGUGCACCAAAUCCAACACCCUUCCUCCUCCACCACCCCUCCCUCCUCCUCUUCCUCGUCUUCUUCUUCCAGAGCGGACGGGGCCGGCGGGGCCUCGCUGUCGCUGACCCCGCCCUCCAGCCCGGGCGGCAGCGGCGGCAUGGCCGCCUCCAGCUCCGGCCACUGGAGGACGAGGCUCAACUCGUUCAAGAACAACCUGCUGGGCUCUCCACGCUUCCAUCGACGCAAGCUGCAAGUCCCUACAUCAGAGGACAUGUCCAGUUUGACUCCAGAGUCCAGUCCAGAACUGGCUAAGAAGUCCUGGUUCGGUAACUUCAUCAGCCUGGAGAAAGAGGAGCAGAUCUUUGUCAUGAUUAGAGACAAGCCGCUCAGCUCCAUCAAGGCCGACAUCGUCCAUGCUUUUCUCUCCAUCCCGUCCCUCAGCCACAGUGUGGUGUCUCAGAACAGUUUCCGGGCAGAGUACAAGUCCUCCGGCGGCCCCUCUGUCUUCCAGAAACCUGUCAAGUUCCAAGUGGACAUCGCUUUCUCUGAGGGGGAGAGGGAGCGAGAGAGGGAGCGGGCCGAGAGAGAAGGAAGAAGAGAGAUGGGCAUCUACAGUGUGACCUUCACUUUAAUAACAGGUCCCAGCCGCAGAUUCAAAAGAGUAGUGGAAACCAUUCAGGCUCAGCUCCUCAGCACUCACGAUCAGCCUUCUGUGCAGGCACUGGCUGAUGAGAAGAACGGUCAGCUUUCCCGUCAGCCCAGCACCCCCACGCGUCAGAACUCCCGGCGUUCGGAAAGCGGGUCGGACCGGGAGCGCGCCGCGGACGGCGGCGGCUGCAGCGGGAGCGUGAGCGGCGGCGGCGGCGGGAGCGGGAGCGUGAGCGGCAGCAGCGGGACUGCCUUACAAAGGCGAGAGUCCGGGAAGGACAAGACCAGGUUGCUCUCGUCGUCCAACGGCACACAGUCUCACCCUUGAAAAGAAUGUCGCGGAAGAGAAGCGAGGGUUGUCGGCGGCGGCGGCGGCGGCGGCCUGACCUUUUUCUCUUCCUCCCCUCGGUCCUUUCCCACAUUCUUCCCUCCCCUACUUCCUUACUUCCUGCCUUGCGCCAUACUCUUAGUCCCAAGCAAUGGGAUGGAAGAGAGGGAACGUUUUCCUUGAAGCUGAUCCAAGGGA